AUGCCAAAGCAGAUACUGAAAUUUGUGUCUUAUAAGGUAUAUAGCAAUGGAAAUCCUUAUGGAAUAGCUGAGGGUAUUGUUUUCAGUAUGCCAUGUCGAUCAAAGGGCGAUGGUGAUUACGAACUUGUGAAGGAUGUCAUAUUUGAUGACUACCUCCGGCAGCGGAUAAAAAAGACUGAAGCUGAGUUGUUGGCUGAGAAGAGAUGUGUGGCUCACCUAACGGGCGAGGGAAUUGCUGUUUGUGAUCUACCUGGUGAUACCAUGCUCCCAGGAGAAAUGUAACAAGCCUUCCUCCUUAAUGCCAAAGCAGAUACUGAAAUUUGUGUCUUAUAAGGUACUAGUUAGGGAAUCAAUAAAUACAAUGUUUUUAUUGUGAAUCAUGAUGGGAUAAAUUGGUAAGUUUUAUAUUUAUCUCUAAAAAGAGUCCAUUUUGAUUCCUUAACAAGUGGCUUAGGACAUGGGUUAGCAUUCUCUUGUUGGAAUAAAAUCACAAUAAUUGAUGUAGAAGUAUGGGAUAUGAAUGUAAGAAAUGAAUAAGUAAUAUCAAUAAGAAGAGUUUGGAAACA